AUGUGUGGAGAGGGCAGGCCAAGUCCAAUAGGUAUACGUCUUCGUUCGGGCACUUUACUUAAAGAUUUGAUCCGAGCAGUGAACACCCCACUUCCUCAUAGGUUUUCACCCAGUGAAUUCUUGGAUUCAGACAAAGAAGAAGACAACACAAUGGGAGGUCGACCACCUUCUCCAAGAACACUAAAGGAUCUCACUUCUCCAAAUCUUGACCAGCAGCCUUUAUGUAUUCAGCUGAAUGAAACCAUUGAGUUGAAGCCGCAAUUGAUUAACUUGAUUCCCAAAUCCAGAGGUUUAGCCGGAGAAGGUCUUAAUCGUCACUUGCAACAAUUCCAUCAUGUUGUGACGAGUAUGAAGCAAGCAACUGCAGACGCUGAUACGACUAUGAUGACAACGUUUCCUUUCUCUCUUAUAGAUACUGCAGGAGAGUGGUUCUUUUUCUUACCCUCUGGAAGCAUAACUACAUGGAAUGGAAUGAAGAAGUUGUUCCCUGAGAAGUAUUUUCCAGCAUCAAGAGCAGAGUACUUCUACGAGGGGUUACUUUCUAAUGAUAGAAAUCUGAUUGAUGCCGCAAGUAGUGGUGCACUCACCAACAAAAACAUUGCUGAAGCUACAAGCUUGUUAGAGAAUAUGGCUGCAAACACGCAUCAAUUAUACACUCGAAGUGAACCAAUGGUAAGGAAAUUGAAUGAAGUUGGCGACUCUUCACAUUUGGAACAUAGAAUGGGUAACAUAGAGAGGAUGAUGCAACAAAUAGUAGCUGCCAUCAUACCAUCAUCACACUCCAAAGAUGUUGAGAAAGCAAGUGUUAUCUACGCCAACAAGCAAGUUGUAGUUUCUAAUCCUCCUUUCAAUCAACAAGUUGGGUAUCAAUUCUUGCAAAGGCCACAACAAGAAGCUCAAGGAAUGAGUAUAGAUGACAAGUUGAAUCUCAUUCUCAACACAAUAGCGCAAGAUAAGCAACACAUUCUCCACACAAUGGCGCAAGAUAAUCAAAAGGCGGAGAUAGAUAUGAAAGACACGCGAACACAAAUGGGUCAACUAGAUACUACCGUGAGCAAAUUGGAAGCACAAGCAGCUGAAAAACUGCCUUCACAACUGUUUAAUCAUAAGGAGAAUGUUAGUGCAAUUGAACUACGAAGUGGAAAACAAGUAGAGAAACCGGAAACACCACCGGAGUCCCAUGAAUGUGAUUUAUAG